UUUCCCCUCCGGUUGGCUCUGUGUGAGCAUGAGCCACGCUGGGAGAGCAACACAACGCUCCAUUCAGCUCUCAUUUCAGCAAGCUGGUUCCCAAGAUGUGGGGUUCUCUGAGCCUCCUUCUGGUGUCAGCUCUCUUCCCCGCCAGGAGAGCGGCUGCAGAGCGCUGCCCACGGAUCUGCAUCUGCGAUAACAUCAAGCGCCACGUCAUGUGUCUGAACAAGAACCUCACAGAAGUGCCCAUCACCAUCCCCCAGGUCACCCAAAAACUGGAUCUCCGGGGCAACAACAUAAAAAUCAUCCCUGGGGGAGCUUUCCUCCCUAUCCCAUACCUCACCCACUUGAACCUGCAGCGAUGCAACCUGGAGAGUAUUGAGGAAGGGGCUUUCAGGGGACUAGGAAGACUGAUCUACCUCAACCUGGCUUCCAACAAUAUAGCCUUCAUCUACCAGGAGUCCUUGGAUGGUCUCUCUUCUCUCCAGCAGCUCAUCCUGGAGAAGAACCGCCUAGAAGAGAUAAAACCAGGGGCUUUCAGCCAACUGGGUUUCCUCAACUUCCUCAACCUUGGUGAGAACUUCCUGGUCUACCUGCCGGAUAUGGUCUUCCAGGGGCUGCAGCUGAUCAAGUGGCUCCGCCUGUCCCAUAAUGCACUUCAUGUCAUAGCCACCGAGGCCUUUGCUGGGUUGCCUGCCUUGCGGAGGUUGAGCCUGGACUACAACGAAUUGCAGUCCUUGCCCACAGAGGCCCUGUCGAGGCUGUCAGGUACCACCCGGCUGGAUCUGGGACACAACCCUAUCACCUAUAUCAGCGAGGAGGCCAUUGAGAUGGCUUCAUUAAAGCAGCUGUUCUUGGACAACAUGGCCCUCCAGGAUGUGUCACACAAAGCCUUUGUGAAGAGCCCCCUGCUGCAUACACUUGACCUCCACAACAACCAGCUGCAGGUGCUGCAGCCGCUGACAGAAACCACCCACCUGAAGAAAAUCAACUUAACAGGGAACCCGGUGGUUUGCUCGUGCUACAUGCGGCCCUUCAAGGAGUGGAUGGAGAAAGCGAGGGUCCAGGCUGAUGUGCCAUGUGCCAGUCCGGAUGCCUUCAGGGGUGAGCAGCUGGAGUUGCUGAGGUCCGUUGAUAUGAAAUGUGGGGGCCCUGCCCUGGAAGCAGAGCCGCUCCCCAGCCCAGCUGCCCCCAGGAGGAAGCCCGAGGGAGAUGUUAAGACAAAGUGUCCAGAAGGCUGCACCUGCUCCCCUGAUUUCCAGCACAGCAACUGUGAGAACCGAGGUCUCCGGAAGAUCCCCAGGGGGUUCCCUACCAACACCCAGCUCCUGGACCUGCGCCGAAAUGAGUUCCACUCCAUAUCCAAGGGAUCCUUCCCCAGCUUGAAGAAGCUGGUCUCACUACACCUGCAAAGCUGCAAGAUCAUGGAGCUGCAGCCGGGUGCCUUCCAGGGCUUACAGAAGCUGGUCUACCUCUACCUCUCCAACAACAACAUCACUGCUAUAGACAAGGCUGCCUUUGACGGGGCCCCCCAGCUCAGCUAUCUGUACCUGGACCACAAUGGGUUCACUCGGGUGCCCAGAGGGGCCUUCAGCCUCCUACCCAACCUCUUCUCCUUCCACUUACAGCAUAACUCCAUCCGCCAGCUGUCAGACAGCGACCUAGCUGGGGCAGGGCAGCUCCGCUGGGUCUACCUGAGUGGGAACCACAUCACUCGUGUGUCCCCCAGGGCCCUGAGCCCGGCCAAGAUGCUAGAGAAGCUGCACCUGGACGAGAACCUGUUGCAGGAAGUGCCCACCGGGUCCCUCCGGGGUUUGCCUGCUCUUAGUGAGCUGAAGCUAUCCAAGAAUCCCAUCAAGUGUAUUGGGGAUGGAGCCUUUCUCCCAGUGGCCAAGUCCCUGCAGCACCUGUAUCUGGAUAGCCUGGGGCUGGAACAGGUUUCCGCAAGGGCCUUUGUUGGCCUGGGUCCCAGGCUGAAGAGUCUGUACCUGGAGAACAACAAAAUAAAUAACGUGCCGGACUUGCGCAGCUUCACAGGGCUGGAGGUCAUCAACCUGAGAGACAUCCCCUUCCACUGCAACUGCCAGCUCCUCCCACUGCGCAGGUGGAUCGACAAACUGAACCUGCGUGUGGGAGCCACCUGUGGGUCCCCAGCAGAAGUCCGUGGGCAGAAGGUGAAGCUUUCUGCUGCCUUCCAAAGCUGCCCAGGCUGGCGUACGGAGAAAGCCAGCAGGGCCCGUCCAAACAUGGUCAAGGCCAAAAUCAAAGCAGACAGCAGCCCCAGCAAGACAAGGAGGUCAAGAAAAGCACAAGGCAGAGGCACCAAGAGGAGCAAAGCAUAAGAGGGAGAGGCCUUGCAGCAGCUGCUGGAGGGUCUAUCAGCAGCGUGUGGCUGUGGAGGCACCUGACCAGCUACUAGGAAGCAGCUUAGUGAGAAAAGCUUUAAUGGGCUUUUGUCCACAUUGCGGUGAUAUGCACAUUGCACAGGGGAAAGGAGCAGGCCUGAGCUGUGGGCUUCUGGCUGGCAAGGAACUAUGUGUGCAGUGUGCGCUGCAGGGGGAGGGAAUUCAAAGAGGGAAUUGCCUUGAGGGGGAAAAGUAGAUGUGAAAAUCACAUGGUGCUUUUCACAAGGGAGCAUCCCUCCCCCCUCCAGCUCAGUUGUGCCAAGUUGUAGCUUGAACAACUCUAUUUUGCCUCUCUACCUUCCUCUUGCAGUCUCAGUGGAACGUGUUAUUGUGCUCUUCCUGCCCUAAAGCGUGGUAUGAUGCUGCUGAGCGUUGUUUCACUCCAGAGGCAGCAGAUAUUUAACAUGUGGCGGGCAGCAAGGAGGAUCUGCUGUUCACAGACAGGGUUUCAUGUCCUCUGAUUCAGCCGCCAGCCAUUUGCCAUGGAAUCCAACCCUGGCUGGAGCACUGGAACUUUCAGUCAAAAGCAAUACACUGCCAGCCCGCCUGGCUGAACGGACAACAGUGGAAACUGAAACCAAGCGUAACACAUGCAGCAUUGACUUCGCCUGCAGCAAUCCUGAAACAAAAGCUUGGAGGGAUGAAACACCCCAUCUCUCUCAAUGGCGUGUCAGGUCUCAAACAUCAAAAUGACAACUGACAUGUUAGCAUUGCUAACUAUUCAACUGCUAAUGGUUUCAGAAGACAAGGCCAGCAAAUGUAUGUUUCCCAUUGGCAGUGGCAAGACACGAAGACAUCCCCUCCUUAUCGCCAAGAUGACUGCUGGAAACAACUAAGACUCAAUAGAGGAAAGGAUCAGGCCCAAGCUAAGAGGCUGUCUAGCUUGUGAGAAAUGAUUAAAAGUACGGUAACAAAUUUCUUGGGAGUAUUAAGCUUAGCUGGUGUGUUUUAUUUAGCUAGUAACUUACUUUGAGCUUCUGUUAUCAUUCGCAAUGACUUAAAUCCUACUUUUUAUACUUAAUAAAAUCACUUAUUAAUAAAGCCAGCAUACUUGUUACCUGG